AUGGACAUGCUGGUCUUACAGGGAGAUGCUCAGUGUGAAACCCCAGUGAAGCUCGACAUUGUGCUGUUGUUGGACGACUCUGGGAGCAUAGCAUCUUCCACCUUUAAAACCAUCCAGAGGUUUCUCUCUGAAAUGGUCAGCAAGUUGGACAUCGGCCCAGACAGAGUCCAGAUUGGUCUGGUUCAGUACAGUGAUGACCCAAGCACCAAGUGGCACCUCAAGAAACACAAGACCAAAAGUUCUCUGCUGAAGGCCAUAGCCAAUCUGAAACAACAAGGAGGAAGCACCAACACCGGACGUGCUCUGAACUACACCCUUCAAACGAACUUUAAACUCAAUGUGGGAAUGCGAGCAGACUCCAAAAAGAUUGCUGUCCUGAUCACUGAUGGAGAGUCCCAGGACGACAUAAUCCUCCCCUCACAGAAACUGAAGGACACCGACAUUGAGAUCUACGCUAUUGCUGUGGAGGAUGCCAACAAGAUGGAGCUGAUGUCCAUUGUCUCCGAUCCCAAAGAAAGUCACGUAUACCCUGUCUGGGACUCGUCAUUCCUCCAGUACUUUUUCUGUAGCAGCACUCCUAGCCCUAACCCUAGCUCAGGUAGACAAAGAAUCCAUCAUCAUUGA